AUGCCUCUUAAUAUUUUAAAACAUAAAAGUUGGAAUGUUUAUAAUAAAAGUAAUAUUGAGAGAGUUUGGCGAGAUGAAAUGCUUGCUAAAAAGAAAGAAGAAGAUAACGAAAUGCGUAUUCGCGAAGCUGAUGCAGAAAGGCGUUUAAAAAUACUAAGAGAACGGUCUGAAUUAAGAAAAGAUAGCAUGAAUGAGGACUGGAAAGAACGGAUACAAAAAGAUAUUUCGGAUAGCCAUUUUAUUUCUAAUGAAUAUGCAAAGAAUGCUGAUGUUGAUCAUUUAUCUUUAAAAAAUGAGAAAAAACGUAAGAAAGAUGAUACAAUAAUGUUAAAUAAAGAACUUAAAAAGAAAUGUGAGGUAUCUUUGGAUAACAAGCAUAUCAAUUUUUGGGAAGAUUUAGAAUCUGGAAAAGUUUCUAUGGAUUAUAAAAAUCUGGAAUAUGAAAAAGAAAAGGAAGAUAUUGAUAAAAAAUGGAAAGAUGUGAUUUGUAUGCGUUUGAAUAAUUCAGCAAAUGAAAUGUCUCCUUGGUAUUCACAUUCUAGUCUACAAUCAUCGACACAAAGACAUAAGGAUUUGCAGUCUAUUGAGAGAAAUUUGAAAAUUCAGAAUAGCAUUAAAGAUUUUAAUGAUCCUCUUACAGUUAUACAAACAUGUCUUAAACAGAAAAAAAAAAUAAAAGAACUUAAAUUUAAUAAAAAAGAAUCAUGUUAUUCAUCAAACCCUAGCCGAGCUUUUGAAAUGAAUGAAAGUUUAAGAAAGCAAAAAAAUUAUAAAGAUAUAAAUGAAGAUAGUAAAGCAUUGAGAGGUGUUUGGCUUUCUAAAGAGAAUAAGAAAAAAUAA